AGACAAAACAAACCGAAGGAACUAUUAUCUCGAGUUGUUGUUGAGUGGAACUUAUUUAAUGUCGCACAAUCGUCCUGACUGUGAAGCAUUAUGAAGAAAGAGCAAGUUGCUAAUUGUCAGUUUUCUGUUUGGUAUCCUUUAUUUAAGAAACAUACGAUUAAAAGUUUGAUUCUUCCUCUGCCUCAGGAUGUAAUCGAUUACCUUUUGGAUGACGGAACGUUAGUGGUCUCUGGAAGCAGUGACAACAACAAUCAGCCUUCACAAAACAACAACAAUAACAGCGGUUCAGAAGACGAGGACGACGUCCAGUGGUCUGAUGAUGAGACAACGACAGUCGUCACGGCUCCAGAAUUCCCAGAAUUCUGCUCGGAAGUCCAGGAAGCGAUAAAUUCCCUCGGCGGACGCGUCUUCCCUAAACUGAACUGGAGCGCUCCACGGGAUGCUAACUGGAUCGCCCUGAACAGCUCACUGCAGUGUCAGAGUCUCAGUGACAUCUUCCUUCUGUUCAAGAGCUCAGACUUCAUCACACAUGACCUCACACAGCCGUUCCUUCGGUGCAAUGACGACUCUCCAGACCCUGUGAUAAACUAUGAGCUGGUACUGAGGAAGUGGAGUGAGCUCAUUCCUGGAGGGGAAUUUCGCUGCUUUGUGAAGGAGAACAAGCUGAUUGGGAUCUCUCAGAGAGACUACACACAGCAUUACCAGCACAUCUCCAAACAGGAAGCGAGCAUCUCCUCAUCUAUCCAGCAGUUCUUCAGAGAGAACGUUCAGCACCAGUUCCUCAACGAAGACUUUGUCUUGGAUGUGUACAGAGACAGUACGGGUCGUGUGUGGCUGAUCGACUUCAACCCGUUCGGCGAGGUUACAGACUCCCUGCUCUUCACGUGGGAGGAGUUAACAUCAGGAACCAAUCUGUUACAGGACGGUCCUGCAUUCCGUUACACCACCAGCGACGUCACCGUCCAGCCAAGUCCCUGUUUAUCCUAUCGAAUCCCACGAGACUUUAUGGAAUUGUCCACAGGUGAGGACGCUUAUAAGCUGAUCGACUUCCUCAAACUGAAAAAAGGUCAACAGGACGAGGAGGACGAAGACGACGAGCCUCACAUGGCCAGUGUGUGACAUCUGGUACACCAACACCAGCUCAUUAGGAAACUGUCCUUCAUUUCCCUGCACAGAAAUGUCUAUAAUGUACAACACACACCCCAAAGCUACACCCACACACCCCAAAGCUACACCCACACACCCCAAAGCUA